CGUGUGCGUGUGUAACCGUUUUCGAAAGGUUAUGUUUAUUUAAUUUUUAAUGUAAUUUUAAACCAUUCAUCAUGAGCUGCAUCAAGUUUCCGACUUCAAAAUCCGAACUCAAAACGCCAAACAACAAAGAUAGUCCAAACGAUCAAACUGCGAUUCUUACACAGUUGAUUGCAGCUGCAAAUCAUACGUUUGGACCGGGCAAUUGGAGUCAUGCAAUCACGAGUCAAACUCUUGACUUUGUGGACUAUAUAAAUGGUAGGUAUCACACAGGAUGUGCAACUAUUUUAAGAGUACAGUUGAAAAAUGGAGAGUUUCAUGAAGCUGUAGGAUACCAUUCAUCAGAGGGUUCAACUAAGUCGUCAGCAGUACAAAGAGUUAGAUUUGGUUCGUUGAACGAUGGAUUAAAAAAAGCACUUUUAUGUUUUGACUGUGAUAUUUCGAGUAAAAUCAAUACUUCCAUAAAUCGACAAACAAUUAGUCCGUUAGCAACAGAAACGCCAUCCAGCAAGGUGCAACAGCUCAAAAAAGCAACACCGGUCCAAACCACAACAACAACAACUGCUGUAACAAGUAUUGAUGAAGAAGCUUUUGCAGAGAUCCCUAUGUCACAAGCUGAUGCUAUCUUAGAUAUUGUAGAAAUGGAUCACUUAUUUGAUAAAGAUCAAUUAGCAAACGGAAGUGAGCCACCCCAAAAGGAAGAGAAUAAGUCAUUUGUACCCUCUGAUAAAGAAAAAAAAGAGUCAUCAAAUGUCAAUACUCAUCGCAUAAAAGAUGUGAAAUCGAACAAAGAUGGGGAUGAAGACAAAAAAAAAUUAGUACGCACAAAUUCCAACACUACGACGGAAGUUACCGCCAAAGCAAGUUUUGAUGGUGUAAGCAAAGAAACGAAAAUCGAGAGAUCCAGAAGUAAUCUCCACAAAGUUAUGACAGAGGAAGAAAUGAGACUAGAGAGGAAAAGAAAACAAAGAGAGAUGCAAGAGGAGUUCAAAAGGAAGGAGAUGAAAAAGAUGUACAGCGAGAAUGGACAUAAGCUCCCAAAUCCUAGAUACUAGAAACUGUCCAUGUUUUCAUCAACGGAAGAAUGUUUGCUAGGUAAUCUAAGGCAUGUACAUACUUAACAAAUAUUUAUUGAGUUGAAUUUGAAAGAAAAUAUAUAAUUUAUAUGUUUGAAAAUCAUCGAUUGUACAUACGAGUUGUGAAAGAAUAUCAGCUACCAAUUGAUCUUAGAGUAUUUUUAAGAAAGCGAAGAAAAAAUUGUUAUGUCA